UCCCUCCCUCGCCAACCAUGAUCGUCUCCUCCCAUUUUCCCCCACAGGCUUGCAAUGCUGCAAGCGCACAGACCCUGUGCAUAGCCAGCUUCGACUAUAGUAGAAGCUCCGUGCUCUUAGGCUGUAAGUCCGGGUCCCCUUUCUAUUCCACCAAGAAGCCCUACGAAGACCAUUCGAACGCGGCAGUACGCCGCCGCGUUGCAUGCUCUGCAACUGCUCCUACUGAGAUCCGUUUCUGUCACUCCGCAACUUUUCCUUGUAGCGGUUAUCGGACUCUCUCGGAUUUCCCUACUGAUUUUCCUGGUCGUUUUUUGACAUCAAAACGUCUCAAAACUCGCUUUCGUCCUUUCCCGCGGCAGGCGUCCCCAACUGCUGGCCGCGCGUGGUGGUCGGCCUCACAGUCCCUCUGGUUACCCUGUUGAUUCUCCUGGGCGUCUUUCUCAUCCUUCGCCGCAACCGCGCGCUCGCCGAGGAGAAAUACGCCGCCAAUGCCGCGCCCGCGGGAGCAGUCUACCCGCAACCUGGAAGCUAUUCGCCCGCGGCGAACGUGUAGCGACUGCCCCGCAGUCAACCCUAGACCACACCAACUAAGUCUUCCGGAAUCAGUCUUCUGUUCGUGAGCAGGUUGUGAGAGUUGUACCCUCACAGAGCAAUUCGCGCUAUUGGCUGCCGCCUUAUGGCCAAUUUAUGGCGAAGAACUCUUCAAUAAGGAAGGCAUAGCCUAGUGGUACUGGAGGAUUGCUAGUAGUGGCCCUUAAGGGUUGCCUCGAUCUGGUUCGCGUUUGUGCCUGUUCUGAAAGAGAGCUGAUUAUUCGCACCUCGGGCAUCU